GGCGGCUGGGCCUGGAACAGUCGGAGCAGCCGCUGGCAGAAGGAUGACCCAAGACGGGAAGCGGGCUGCUGAGCCUCGCCGGCUCCCGUGCUUGUAACUGCCCCAGCCGGACACCCCCCCCUUGACCUACCCGUCCUUCAGUGAAUCUGCAGACCUAUUUUCUCAGGAGUUCAGCCUGGCCUUACUUCAGUGAUAAAAGGAGGAAAGGCUGGCUAUAGCAAACAUCAUUCAAGAUGUCCAGCAAAGGAAGCAGCACAGAUGGCAAAACAGACUUAGCUAAUGGAAGCCUGUCUAGCAGUCCAGAGGAGAUGUCUGGAGCUGAAGAGGGAAGAGAGACAUCCUCAGGCAUUGAAGUAGAGGCCUCAGACCUGAGUUUAAGCUUGACUGGGGAUGAUGGUGGCCCCAAUCGCACCAGUACAGAAAGUCGGGGCACAGACACAGAAAGCUCAGGUGAAGAAAAGGACUCUGACAGCAUGGAGGACACUGGCCAUUACUCCAUCAAUGAUGAAAACCGAGUUCAUGACCGCUCAGAGGAAGAGGAAGAGGAAGAAGAAGAGGAAGAAGAACAACCUCGGCGCCGUGUACAACGCAAGCGAGCUAACCGUGACCAGGACUCAUCAGACGAUGAGCGGGCCUUGGAGGACUGGGUAUCCUCAGAGACAACAGCCCUGCCCCGACCUCGAUGGCAGGCCCUCCCUGCCCUUCGGGAACGGGAGCUGGGUUCAAGUGCCCGCUUUGUGUAUGAAGCCUGUGGGGCAAGAGUCUUUGUACAGAGGUUCCGCCUGCAGCAUGGGCUUGAGGGCCAUACUGGUUGUGUCAAUACCCUGCACUUUAACCAGCGCGGCACCUGGCUGGCCAGUGGCAGCGAUGACCUGAAGGUGGUAGUGUGGGAUUGGGUACGGCGGCAGCCAGUACUGGACUUCGAGAGUGGCCACAAAAGUAAUGUCUUUCAGGUGAGGCAAGGAUUCAUAAUAGCAAUUGAGAGAAUCAGACAAAUCUCUUUAGAAACCUUAUCCCUUUUCCUUUGUCUCCUUCAGUUGGCCCUGGAACCAGACUCUCCCUGUACGUUCCUGUCUGCAGGUGAAGAUGCAGUUGUCUUCACUAUUGACCUGAGACAAGAUCGGCCAGCUUCGAAACUGGUGGUGACAAAAGAGAAAGAGAAGAAAGUGGGGCUGUAUACAAUCUAUGUGAAUCCUGCCAAUACCCACCAGUUUGCAGUAGGUGGACGAGAUCAAUUUGUAAGGAUUUAUGACCAGAGGAAAAUUGAUGAGAAUGAGAACAAUGGUGUACUCAAGAAAUUCUGUCCUCAUCACCUGGUGAACAGUGAGUCCAAAGCAAACAUCACCUGUCUUGUGUACAGCCACGACGGCACAGAGCUCCUGGCCAGUUAUAACGAUGAAGACAUUUACCUCUUCAACUCCUCUCACAGUGAUGGGGCCCAGUAUGUUAAGAGAUAUAAGGGCCACAGAAAUAAUGCCACAGUAAAAGGUGUCAAUUUCUAUGGCCCCAAGAGUGAAUUUGUGGUGAGCGGUAGUGACUGCGGGCACAUCUUCCUCUGGGAAAAAUCAUCCUGCCAGAUCAUUCAGUUCAUGGAGGGGGACAAGGGAGGUGUGGUCAACUGUCUUGAGCCCCACCCUCAUCUGCCAGUGUUGGCAACCAGUGGCCUAGACCAUGAUGUGAAGAUCUGGGCACCCACAGCUGAAGCUUCUACUGAACUGACCGGGUUAAAGGAUGUGAUUAAGAAGAACAAGCGAGAGCGGGAUGAAGAUAGCUUACACCACACUGACCUGUUUGAUAGCCACAUGCUCUGGUUUCUUAUGCAUCACCUGAGACAGAGACGCCAUCACCGGCGCUGGCGAGAACCUGGGGUUGGGGCCACAGACGCGGACUCUGACGAGUCUCCCAGCUCCUCAGAUACAUCGGACGAGGAGGAGGGCCCCGACCGGGUGCAAUGCAUGCCAUCCUGAGGCCUCAUGCCUAAGAGGGGCGGGCUGGGGCUGCCAACCCGAUCCUGCCUGGGCACUGCUUUCCUGUCCCAGGCCCUUAAAUUCAGCAGAAACGCACUUUGGACUUUUUGUUUAGAAGACAUCCCAAGAGAAGGACAGACCAGAGGGGGAUUGAACCAGCAGACAGCACCUAGGAGUGGGAGUUGAGCCCUGGAAUGGGUUCUGUGGAGAGGCACAAAGGACUCAGCAGAAAUGGCCUCUCCCUGAAGCUUUUUUUUGGGGGUGGUGGGGAGCCCGUUUUGUUAACUGGUUUAGGAUAGGCAAUGGGGCUUCUUUUAAUCUCCCUUGUUUCCUUUGUGGGGGUGGGGUGAGGGCAACAACUAGCUGUUCAGUACCAAGGGGCCAGAGUGGAGGGUAGGAGUGCCACUCGCUCUUUGGUUUAGGUUUUUGACCUUUUUUUUCCUUUGUUUUUUAAAGUCUAUGACAGUUUCAUUGUUUUCCCCCUGAGCAAAUCUAUCCCAGGAUCCUGUUUUUCUGGGAAGUCCUUAGAGCCCUUAACCAUCCCACACUUCUCACUUUCCACCUCAUUCAUUCUCUGUACUUAUCACAGUGUUUUGCACUUGAUUAUGUAUCCUUCACUCUCUUCUCUUCAUCCCAUCACCCCCUAAAUAGGUCUGGUGAAGGAGAUUGGAGAGAGGUGGGAGGAGGGGCAGAGGUGGAAGAAGAAUAGGAAGGAUAUUACCUCUUCUGUUAUUUUUUUAAUUUUUUUUUUUUUUUAAGAAUUGUUUGGUGGCAGCAAUCUCCCUGUCCCUAUCACUGUUAGAGGCCUAAUUUUAUAUCUAUAAAUAUAUUAAAAAGCAAGUCAAACUUGGAUGUAUCAAGUUAAAAUUAUUGUCAAAGUUUAAAUACCUAUAUAUUCUCUAUAAAUGCAAUAAAGGGACUUAAAGGAAGAAUGAGCAAGAGUAAUGAUGUCAAAAUGACACCCAUGGUUAACGUGCCCUUUAUAUAUGGCCAUUAAAGCCUGGGGCUUACUCUUAGGUUUUUAGGAGACUCAAUAAUGGAAGGAUCCUCAGUUCUGCCCUUUUCUGCCUGGAUAUAGGGGUUGGAAAAACAUUUUCUCUAAACUCGCCUCAGAUCCUCUAACUCUCCUUAAGUCUCAUGGGAGCUCCCAGGAUGGGUCUUCAAAUCAGAGGCCGGCCUAUUUUUAAAACAUGACAGACCUGUGACAUUAGAAAGGGUGCUGCCACCCACUGCCUACUCUCUCCCGAUCUUGUGUAUGACAGAAGAUACACACAUUCUCUUAGCUAUGAUUCUUUAAGCAAUCCGGCUCCAUAUCAGCCCUUCCUAAUGAAAAUAGUAAAGACCAAAUUUCUUGGGUUUGACUUUAUAUAAAUUUUGUCCACCUCUUGGUAUCUUGGGAUUUAGGGACAAGAAAGACAGUAAUCUAACCAGGCACAGUGGUGUAUGCCUAUAUAAUCCCAGUGAUUCAGGAGACUGAGGCAGGAGGAUUUUAAAUUCAAGGCCAGCCUCAGUAAUUUAUCGAGACACUGUCUCAAAAGGAAAAAAAUAUAGAUUUGGGAUGUAGCUCAGUACUAAAGCACUCCAGGUUCAAUUCAAAGUACCCAGAAAAAGAAAGAAAACAGGAUUCUGGUGGCUAGGGUUUGGACACCUGUCUUAUCACUUGUCACUGAGUAUGAAAAUCCUAUUUGAAUUCUUGCCCCUAACUGCUUUUGCUGCUAUUUUUCUGCCCCCAAUUUCCACAAGAUCCAGUUAGGAAUUCUGCAUCCUAGAACAGUUGGAUUCUACUAAACCAGGCCGUGAAGAAGAGGGGGAAAAUGUGAGAGGAUGGUAGUGCCAGACAUUCCUUCCUCCUGCCCCUUUUCCUAGCAGCUCUCAGACUCGAUGUUAGCUAUUGCACUUUCUUCCUGAGGUAGGGAAUGUGUAGUGACUUGAGUGGUUUGUCUCCCUAUUGCCAGUGGAGUGAUACGGUGGGACUUAAAACCAUGCACUCUGGAAUUUGUUGUAUUUUCUCAGUAAAGCUUUCCCCCACACUCUGC